AUGAAGAUAGCUAUUACAGGUGCUCGAGGUGGCGUUGGCAAAGAGAUUGUGAAACUCUGUAGCGACUGUGGACACGAAACAGUCCAGGUUAAUCGAACCGAUCAAAAACACAAUGGGACCCCGAACUCAGAAAUGAGAACAGCCGAUGUGGCGAGCGAUUAUAACGCGACAGUCAAGGCCUUUACUGGCUGCGAUGCCGUAAUUCACCUCGCCGCAAUUGCGAAUCCUGUCGACAAAGACCACUGGAAGGUGCAUAACAACAACGUCGAUGCUGCCUUCAAUGGAUUUCAUGCUGCUGCUACACUUGGUAUCAAGAAAGUUUGUUACGCAUCGUCUGUGAACGCAAUCGGACUCGCAUUUUCUAACCAGCCAUUACGAUUCGACUAUUUUCCUAUCGAUGAAGAGGCCCCUCAACGACCGACAGAUCCUUAUGCUCUAGCUAAGGAUGAGGCAGAAUAUCAAGCCCAGUGUUUUGUAAACUGGUUCCCUGGCAUGAAAAUUGCUUGCAUGCGAAUCCAUGAAGUGGCCGGACUGAAAAACGUGCAAAAGGAUCAUCAAGAAAAUUGGAAUGAUUCAGCAGUGAAGCAGCUUUGGGGGUGGGUUCAUCCUCAAGCUGUCGCUCGAGCUUGUCUCCUCGCCGUCGAAAAGGCGGAGAGCUUAAAAGGGUGCGAGAUUUUCAACAUAGUGGCUCCAACAACCACCCAAGAGCUUUCCUCAAAAGGUCUUGCGAAUAAAUAUUUCCCGCAAGCUGAGAUAAAAGGUGAUUUUUCUAAGAACCAGGCAUUUUGGUCCACUGCAAAGGCACAAAGGCUUCUUGGAUGGCUUCAUCACGAAAUGGAGUAA